AUGGACAUGGAGCCGGCGGUGAGGGGUAGUGGCGGCGUCGGAGCGGCGCAUGGGCAUGGCUCCUCCGCCUCCGCCUGCUUCUCCGGCGGGGUGCUCGUCGACGGGCCGCGCACCCAGCAGCUGCUCCUCCAUUGCGCCGCCGCGCUCGAGUCCAACGACGUGACGCUGGCGCAGCAGGCCAUGUGGGUGCUCAACAACAUCGCCUCCUCGCAGGGUGACCCCAACCAGCGGCUCACGUCGUGGCUGCUCCGCGCGCUCGUCGCCCGCGCGUGGCGCCGGCUCUGCGCUCCGGCGGGCGCCUCCGUGGCGUGUCUAGAGAGCGGGGCGCCGGCGCCACCGCGGGGGAGGGGGAGGGCCAUGUCGGUGACGGAGCUCGCCGACUACGUCGACCUCACCCCGUGGCACCGGUUCGGCUUCACGGCGUCCAACGCCGCCAUCCUCCGCGCGGUGGCCGGCAGAGCCGCCGUGCACGUCGUCGACCUCAGCGUCACGCACUGCAUGCAGUGGCCGACGCUCAUCGACAUACUGUCCAAGCGGCCCGGGGGGGCGCCGGCGCUCCGGAUCACCGUGCCGUCCGUCCGGCCCGCGGUGCCGCCGCUGCUCGCCGUGUCGAGCGAGGAGCUCGGCCUCCGGCUGGCCAACUUCGCCACGUCCAGAGGCGUGCAGCUGGAGUUCAACGUUGUCGAGAGCGCGGCGACCGCCGCGACGUCUCCGAAGAAGAAGAAGCAGCCGACGCCCUGCCAAGAACUCGCGUCCGUCCUGUCCGACCCGCCGUCGCUGGGACUAAGGGACGGCGAGGCACUCAUCGUCAACUGCCAGAGCUGGCUCCGGCACGUCGCGCCGGACUCGAGGGACUUCUUCCUAGACACGGUUCGGACGCUGAACCCAUGCCUGGUCACCGUAACCGACGAGGACGCCGACCUGGACUCCCCGAGCCUCGCGUCGCGCAUGGCGGGCUGCUUCAACUUCCACUGGAUCCUGCUCGACGCGCUCGACAUGUCCGCGCCCAGGGACAGCCCGCGGCGGCUGGAGCAGGAGGCGGCCAUCGGGCGGAAGAUCGAGAGCGUCAUCAGCGAAGACGGCGGCGAGCGGUCGGAGUCCGGCGCGAGGCUAGCCGAGAGGAUGAGGCAGAGGGAGUUCGCCAGCGUAGGGUUCGACGAGGAGGCGGCGGCCGAGGUGCGGCGCCUGCUGGGCGAGCACGCCACGGGGUGGGGCGUGAAGCGGGAAGACGACAUGCUUGUGCUGACGUGGAAGGGGCAUGGCGCCGUGUUCACGAGCGCUUGGGUGCCCAGCUAAUCGGGCCUAAUUAGAAUUAACCAUCUCCAUUAAGCAAGUGAAAAGCUUAGUUAAGCUGGUGUUGAGUCACAAAAAUUAGAAUUGGAUUGUCUAGCUCAGAAAUAACAUGACGAAAGAAACGACAACGCAGGAAUUUCAUUUCAAAUUGUAAAGUGGUUUGUUUUAAACUUCUAUUUCGACGACAAGAUCUUACACUUGCUCGUUGAUGUUUUCCUGGCGAUAUAUAAUUUUUCAAUGAACCAGCCAAUUUUAAUGAA